CUUAACCGAGAGGAGACGCCACAAGAAGAGAGUGAGAGGAGAGAGCUGGAAGAAGAAACACACUUGGAUUCAGAUUACACUCGCUGGUCCGAGAGCUCUCCCAAGAUGUCGAAGAAAAAGGAAGGCAGCACAGUAAAGAUAAGCAAGGUUCAGGCCAACGACCUGGCCGCCGUCAUUGCUCGCAUGCAAAAAAAUGCAGACCAAGUGGAGAAAGACAUCCUGCAGUCAGAGAAGCUGAUGGCUGUGGACACAGAACGACUCAGGAAACAGCCUCUGAUCCACCAAACGGAGAACGCGGACAACCUGGCGGAGGCUGAGGGGCUGCUGAAGGAUCUUUUCAUGGACGUGGAUAAAGCCAAGAAGCUGAAGCACCCGCAGGCCAAAGAGAUAGAGAGAGAUGUCAGAAACCUCCACGACCGCUGGGCUAAUGACUGCGCUGCCUACAGGGACCUGUACGCCCAAGUCCAAGACCUGGAUCUGACACAAAAGAUCGACUGGGGACCUCUGCUGGAUGAGAAGCUGAAACAGUUAAAGUCAGAGGCGUACGGUCCCAACCUGUCUGAUGUAGAGAAGCAGAUCGCAGCACAUAACAUUCUUCACCAGGCGAUCGAGGCGUACAGCAGCCAGCUGCAGCCCAACAACACGACCUCAAGGGAGCAGUACGCCGCCCUCAGAAAGAAAUAUGAAGACCUUCUGGAGAGCUCACAGCUCCGGCGCAAUCACCUGGCCUCCCUGCACGAGUACAUGCAGAGCUGCAGUAAGGAGCUGAUCUACCUGUCAGCUCAGCAGGAUAGGCUUCUCCAGAGGGACUGGAGCGACCGCAUGGUCGACCCCUCAGGCGUCCGAACGGAGUACGAGAAAUUCAAAAAGAAUGGACUGCUGGCACACGAGCGUGAAGUCAACCAGCUGCAGGACGAAGGAGACCAUCUGGUUGAAAUGAAACACCCCGGCAGCCCAACGAUAAAGGCACACAGAGACACAGUGCAGGCCGAGUGGCAGGCCUUCCUCAACCUGUGUCUGGCACAGGAAGCCCACCUGGACAACAUCGAUGAACACAAGAAGUUCCAGCUGGAUGCAGAGCAGCUGUCAGACUCCCUGCAGAGACUCGACUCCACUCUGAACCAAAAGUCUUUGGCCAGCAAGAGCAAAGCUGAGGUCCUCCUGGCGCUGGAGGGAGAUGAACCAGCCGUGAGCAGGAAUGAACAACGUCUGGCUGCACUCAGGGAGCUCAGCAGCAAGGUUGUGCCUCUGAAGCUCCGUAGAAUCCAGCCCACCAAACCCACCACCGUCGUGUCCCUGUGCGACUGGGCAGAUGAGGAGGACUCAGUGAGACGCGGUGAGACGCUAACCCUGAAGUCCAACGCUGAUAAUAAGGACUGGGAGCUUCAGAACAGCAAAGGAAAGAUCAAAACCCUCCCUGGGGCGUGUUUCAUGAUCCCACCCCCUGAUGCUGAGGCCGUGGAGACAGUAAACAGGCUGGACAAACAGCUGACAGACCUGAAGAGCCGCAGGUCUGCUCUCAUAAGCUCCCUGAAGAACCCAAAUGUGGAGGUGGUUCGCCCUCAGAAGGCAGCUGCAGUGCCAAAUGUUAAAGAGGAUCCCAGAACUGCAGAGCUCAUCAGUGAAAUAGACAGGAUCAACAAAGCUCUGGAGAAGAGUGAGAAAGAAAUCCUGAGCCGACUGAGGACCCCUCUGGACAGCCGCAACCCUGCACAGGACCUGGCAGACCGACUGCAGGAGCACGAGAAAUCUGCUCUGGUUCUGAAGAAGCUGGAGUCUGAGAAGUCUGCCAUCCAGAGAGAGAUGGAUCCCAUUCUGGCCAAGAAACCUCUGGGACCCAACGCCUCGGUCAUGCCCCCUAAACUCAGCGCUGCCAACAACAAGAUCCACGACCUCAACGCACUUAUUGACCUUUAUAAUAAAAAAUCUACGACCUCCAUGUUCCUGGAGAAGCAGAUCAAGAACGUAGAUGGUAUCGUCUCCGGGUUCGAGGAGCAGCUAGCUAAAGACGGCGCCGUUCUUGAUCAACCCAACGCUCUUCAGAGUCGCAACCAGAAGCUGCAGGCAAUUAGUAAAGAUGUUGCCUCGAGGAAAGAUGAGCUGAAUAAAUUAGGCAGAGAGUUGGAUCUGACGGAGAAAGCAUGCAGCUCCCUGAGGCAGAGCUUCAACGAAUACUGUCCUGACAUCCUCCGCCAGAGGAAUCAGGUGAAAAACCUGAAGAACCGCUACACAAAUGUCAAUAACCAGCUCCAGGAGAGAUCUGGUCUUGUACAAAAAGCAACCAACAAAAACCAAGAUUUCCAGAAUGCUGUUCAGUCGCUGGAUUUCUUCUUGGUCAAUUUGCCCAAUAAUACGAUCAAACCAACUGAUGACGUAGCACAGAUAACAGCCAAGCAGAACUCUCAGAAGAGAGUGGUGGAGGACAUCGAAAAGAAAUCAGAUGAUUUAGACCGAGUCAGGGAUCUUUCCCGUGACCUGCAGAGUGUUUUAAACCAAUAUGAUACUAAGUCACACACUUACCGUCGCACUCUGAAUGAUGACUCUGAUGACGACAGCGACGAAGAUGAGGUGCCAGUUACGAAGAAACGCCAAACUUCCACUCUGGCUCAGGGUGUACACAGAACGGAGAAAGAUCUACUGAACCUCUUUUCGAAGGUGUCUGCAGAGAACAAACAGCAACUCAGUCAGUUGGGGACGGCGAAGAACAUUAAGGCUCGGAAUGAAGAGCAAGUCAGUCAGGUAGUUGUCAGUCAGCAGCUGCAGCUACAGAGCCAGCAGAGGGACCUUCAGGAAACUGACAGCCUAAAAAAGGAGUUAAAUGAGGAGAUUGCUAGGCGCCAACAUGCUGAAAGACACCUGGAAACGUUCCGUAAAAGGUUUUUGUCUCUGAAGAAUAGGAGAGGAGUGGAGAGGUUGGAGGAGAAGGAGGUGGUGCAGUAUUACCGUGACCCCAAACUGGAGGUGGAGCUACAGUCUCUGAAAAAUCGCAUCCAGGAUGAAGAAUUUAAGAGAUCAAAAACCCGUUCGGAGAUGGGAAUAUUUGACGAGAAGAUUAUUAAACUGGAAUUAGAGCUGACCAAAAUCGAACCUAAACUAGUCACCAAGGUGCUCACUGAAUACGAGAGAGACCCCCAGCUUGAUAAAGAGGCAGCUAGAAUUAAAGAAGAGAUGCAGAGGAUACGCCUGGAGCUCGAGACCAGAGACACCGAGUCAGUUCAAGUGAAAACUCAGAUCACGGUUCUGGCUCAGCAGAAGCCAAAAAUCAGGGAGAAAGUUGUCAAAAAGGAAGUGGUGAGGCUCGAAAAAGAUCCCGAGAUGCUGAAAGCCGUUCUCACGUUCCACAACGACAUCUUAGAGGAAGAAUCUCGGUGCAAGUCCCUAAACGAUACCAUAUUUACCAUCAGGGGCCAGAUUAACACACUGGAGAGAGUCAUCCCCACCAUCCAACCCAAGAUUGUCACCAAGGUGGUGAAGCAAGUACAGCAGGACCCAGAGGUGCUGGAUGAGUCAAAGAAGCUACAAACUGCCUUGGGAGAGGAGAAGGACGAGAACGCUAUCUUGAUGAAGGACCUGGCCACCAUGCAGCUACGUUACAGAGAGGUGGAUAAGCUCAGGCAGAAAGUGGAAGUCAAGGAGAUCAUCAAUGAGAUUUACAGAGUGGACCCCGAGACAGAAGUCGAGCUGGUACGUCUGAGGAAAGAGCUUCAGGAGUCAGGCCGAAGCCGUACAGACCUGGAGAAAGAAAUUUCCACAGUGACAACAACUCUAACUACCCUACGCGCUCAGAAGCCCAAAGUGGAGUACAAGGAGGUGACCCAAGAGGUGAUCAAAGAAGAGAAGAGCCCUGAAGUUAUGAGGGAAUUGCAAAGGCUGACCAACCAAGUUUCCCGUCUGCAACUCAACUAUGACACCACCCUGGAGCUGCUGACCCACCUCCGCAAAGAAAGAGAUGAGCUGAAAGCAGAAAAAUCCAAAGUGGAGACAAAGCUUGUGAAUAAAGAGAUCAUUAAAUAUGAGAACGAUCCUCUCUUGGAGAAAGAGGCCGACAGACUUCGAAGGGAUGUAAGAGAAGAGAUUAAACAGCGCCGCACCGUGGAGGAAUGUCUCUUUGACCUGCAGAACCAAUACAUUGUCCUGGAAAGGCAGAAGCCAGAAGAGAAAAUCGUAAUGCAGGAGGUGGUUCGUCUUCAGAAGGACCCCAAGCAGAUUGUGGAACAUGAGAAACUAAACAAGACGUUUGAUGAUGAGAUGAAAACCCGUAGAAAACUCGAACUGGAGGUUAGACAGCUCAGAGCUGUGGUGAAAGAAAAAGAAGACACCCUGAAUCAGAUGGAUGAUCGUCAUAAGAAGAUUCAAGUAGAGUCAGAGCUCAGACAGAUCAAAGCUCGUAUUCUUGAGCUGGAGAAUUCUCCGCCACCUGUUGAGGAAAAGAUUAUAAUUGAGGAGGUGCUGAAAGUGGAGAAGGACCCGAAGCUGGAAAAACUCACUGAUGGAAUACGUUCUGACUUGGAGACUGAAGGCAACAACUCCAACCGUCUAGAGAGGGAAAUCCGUAACCUCAGGCUAAAGCUAGAAAUUCUGCAAAAGGAGAAGUCAGUUGAGAAGGUCGUAUACAGGGAGGUUGUUCGUGUGGAGAAAGAUCCAGCAGUGGAAGCCGAAAGAGACCAUCUCAGAGAGCUCGUAACACAGGAGAGAAAUCUGAGACGGGACCAGGAAGAUAACCUUCAGUCCAUUAGCAUCAAAAUUAGCCAUCUGCAAACAUCAAAGUCUUCCACUUCUCUAGAGGAGAGCACUCUCAUCUCCAACAGAGAUGCUCUGCAGAGAGAAAAAGAUGAUCUCCUCAAACAGCUCAAAAUGCUGGAGGCCCAAAGACAGACCAUCAGUGUCUCAUUCCAGCAGCAGUCCAAGCUGUUGAGCGAGAGGAACCAGUUGGCACGACAGAGAAGUCUAAAGACAUCCACUGAAAUACAGCGUCUGGAGAAGGAGAUCCUGAAUGAGAAGGACAAGAUACACCAGAGAGAAACGCUCAUCAUCGAGUUGCAGAACAGCAUUACGAAAGAGGAACAUUCUGAAACUCACACCAGAGAGACAAACCUCUCCACAAGAAUCUCCAUCCUGGAUCCAGAAACUGGUAAAGACUUGUCUCCCUAUGAUGCCUACUUACAGGGACUGAUUGAUCGGAACCAGUACAUUAAACUGUCGGAGCUGGAGUGUGACUGGGAGGAAAUCACUUCAACUGGUCCAGACGGGGAUACGACAAUAUUGCAGGAUCGCAAAAGUGGGAAGCAGUACUCCAUCAAGGAUGCUCUGAAGGCUGGCCGCAUGACCGAGUACGACAUGAUCCGCUACAGGGAGGGGAAAAUGACCAUCUCUGAGUUUGCCCUCCUUGUUGCAGGGGAAAAAAAUAAGCCAGUUGUUCCUGUUCCAAUUGUUCCGCCAUUAAGCCCAAGAUCUCCUACUAAACCCAUGCCAGCCUCUCCCUUGAGCUCCAUGCCAAAGUCGCUGAGGUCCUCCUACCCCAGCCUGAGCUCUCACCACAGCAGCAGCUUGACUAACCUCAGUUCUACAGCGGGCGACGAGUUUUUCCCGAUCUCAGGGAUAUUUGACAACACCACUGAAAGCCGCAUGUCUGUGAGAAGCGCCCUCACCCGCAAGCUCAUCGAUACCGACACAGCUCUGAAGCUCCUGGAGGCGCAAGCAGCCACCGGUGGAAUCAUCGAUCUCAACAAAAAGGACAAACUGUCCGUCCACAAGGCGUCCGAACACGGCCUCAUUGACUCGAGCCACAUGUAUAAGCUUCUGAACGCCCAGAAGGCCUUCACUGGAGUUGAGGACCCUGUGACCAAAGAGCGUCUCGCAGUAGGGCAGGCGGCACAGAAAGGGUAUGUUCCCCAAGAACAGGCGAGGCGCUACAUGGAGGCGCAAUACCUGACCGGUGGGUUGGUGGAUCCUACUAAAGUAGGCCGCCUCACCAUUAAAGAAGCAAUCGCCACCAAACUGAUCGACAGCACGACAGCAGAUGAGCUGCAGAAUGAGGCCUCCCACACAAAGGAGCUGGUAGAUCCCAUCAGCAAAGAGAAGAUCUCCUACAAACAGGCGAUGGAUCGGUGUAAGAGAGACAUCAACACAGGACUUCUGCUGCUCCCUGUGGCCUCCACCGAUGCUUCAAACGCUCCGUCGUACUCAAAAUACCGCUUCAACUCCCCUUACAACAAAUACUAGAUAUGAUUUUAAAUACUAGUGCUUUUGGGUUUAUGGUGACACAAAUUAAUAUGUGUAGAAGAAAUUUUUAAAAAUGAUGUGUGCAUAAAUGGAAAUGUUGAAAACUUGGAACUUUUGGAAAAAGUUUUGGUCGGACUGUAUAUGUGGAUUGUUUUUUUUCAGUACUAUUUUGGUCUGCUGUAAAAAUGAGGGUAAUUUUUGUUAUAAAUGGUAAUUGUUUUUCAGCACUCUGAAGUUAAAUCCUUUCUAAGGGCUUAUUAAAUUCCAUAAGCAUCCUG